CCAGCUGAGGCCGCGGCUGGAGCCGGGCAGGGGCGCGGGAGAAGCAGGUACCAGCGCGGGCUGCGCAGCCCCAGGCGCGAGAGCUGCGCUCACUGCCUGCCGGAAGGACGGUCCCCGCGGGAGCCAGGGACCGCGGCGUCCGAGCGGGCGGGAUUGGCGCCUGGCCCGGCACGGUCCGAAGUCCGCGCUAUGGGAGAAGAGAAAUACUUGCCUGAGCUGAUGGCAGAGAAGGAUAGCCUGGAUCCAUCUUUUGUGCACGCGUCGCGCCUUCUGGCGGAAGAAAUUGAGAAAUUUCAAGGUUCAGAUGGAAAAAAGGAAGACGAAGAAAAGAAAUAUCUUGAUGUCAUCAGCAACAAAAACAUAAAGCUUUCUGAAAGAGUAUUGAUUCCUGUUAAGCAAUACCCAAAGUUCAAUUUUGUGGGGAAAUUGCUUGGACCAAGAGGAAACUCCUUGAAGAGGCUACAGGAAGAAGCAGGUGCUAAGAUGUCUAUCCUGGGCAAAGGAUCCAUGCGAGAUAAAGCAAAGGAAGAAGAGCUGAGGAAGAGCGGAGAGGCCAAGUAUGCACACCUGAGUGAUGAACUGCAUGUAUUAAUUGAAGUGUUUGCUCCACCUGGGGAAGCUUAUUCACGGAUGAGUCAUGCCUUGGAAGAGAUUAAAAAAUUCCUGGUACCUGACUACAAUGAUGAAAUUCGUCAAGAACAACUCCGAGAGUUGUCUUACUUAAAUGGCUCAGAAGAGUCUGUCCGUGGCCGAGGUCUUAGAGGCAGAGGAAUCAGAAUAACUCCCAUAGCUCCUUCAAGGGGCCGUGGGGGUGCUAUUCCUCCACCACCACCACCUGGACGAGGUGUUCUUACCCCUCGGGGGACCACUGUGACCCGUGGAGCUCUCCCAGUGCCCCCAAUAGCGAGAGGUGUCCCUACACCUCGUGCUCGUGGGACUGCAGCAGUACCUGGGUACAGAGCACCCCCACCUCCAGCCCACGAGGCUUAUGAAGAAUACGGAUACGAUGAUGGCUAUGGGGGUGAAUAUGAUGACCAGACCUAUGAGGCUUACGAUAAUAGCUACGUGACCCCGACACAAAGUGUGCCUGAAUACUAUGACUACGGUCAUGGAGUAAAUGAGGAUGCCUACGACAGCUACGUACCAGAAGAAUGGGCCACAACUCGUUCCAGCCUGAAGGCACCACCACCAAGGUCAGCCAGAGGGGGAUACAGGGAACACCCCUAUGGUAGAUAUUGAAGGUCCUCUUCACCUGUGACCUCCUCAGAGACAGUUCAUAGCCUCUGGUCUCCACAUAAACAGCAACAAGACAAGUAUGCACAAAGAACACCAUAAAUGGUAGCAGCUGUGAUGGGCUAAGGAGGAUAAAGGACUUCAUUCCUUUGUAUGGCUGAAUAGUAUUCUGCUAUGCAUAUGGACUGCAUUUACUUUAUCUGUUCAUCGGCUGAUGGCCAUUCUGGUAUUUCCAUGUCUUGACUACUGUGAAUAGAGCUGCAAUGAACAUAGGAAUGCAGACUAAAGAAGAAGUUAAUUGGGCCCAGGGCUGAAAAAAAAUGUCAUAAAAAAUGAGAUGAGAUUGGAUGGAAUGAUCAGAUAUGGAGAAAAA